CAUUACAAAGUACAAGAAUAUAUGGGCAUUUGUUCAUCAAAAAAAGAAUUAGAUAAAAUAGAAGUACCAAGUAAAUCAUUUUUCGAUUUUGAAAUAAAUGAUAUUGAUGGCAAUCUAGUUUAAAUGUCGAAAUUUUAAGGAAAAAAAGCAUAUAUUUGCGUAAAUGUUGCUUGUUCUUGUCGUUUAACAACAUAGAAUUAUGUUGAAUUAGUUGAAAUGUAUAAGCAAUACAAAGAUUAGGGUUUAGAAAUUCUAGGUUUUCCAUGCAAUUAAUUUAGGAAUUAGGAAAGCAAACCAGAACCAGAAAUAAAAAAUUAUGUUACUUAAAAAUAUGGCGCUCACUUUCCAUUAUUCCAGAAAAUAGAAGUAAAUGGGGUUGGAGCUCAUGAUAUUUAUAAAUAUCUACGAUAUAAUAGUGAAUUGAAGAUUAAUAAUAAAAAUGAAGUAAAGUAUGUUCCUUGGAACUUUGCAAAAUUUUUGCUUGACGCGAACGGAAACGUAAUUAACUAUUAUUGUCCAGACGUUAGUCCAAAUGAUAUGAUGAAAGAUAUUGAAAAACUAUUGAAGAACUGA